AUGUCCACAAAACAGGUGCUUACGCCGUACAUAAAGCUGCUUUUCCUCGAGCCCCCGAACCUCACUCCAGAUGACUUGAGCACCGUGCUCAGAUCCAUGUUCAGGGGCAUCCCGCUGGAUAUCCAGCUGUCUGCUUUUCUUACUGCCUUGAGAAUGAGAGGCCUUGACCACGAGCCUGAUUUUAUUGCUGCUGCCGUGCUGACGAUUCUUGAAUUUCUGGAUUACAUUGAACCUUCGCUGGUAGAAAAAGAGGGCUACAUCGAUAUCGUGGGCACUGGAGGCGAUGGACAGAACACCUUUAAUGUUUCCACUUCUGCUGCUAUUGUGGCUGCUGGAAUGGGCCUCAAGGUGUGCAAACACGGCGGCAAGGCGCUGACGUCGGCCUCUGGGUCAGGCGAUCUUUUGAAGUGCUUGGGUGUCGAUUUGAGCGUGGUGAACAGCAAAACCACCCCAUCUAUUGUCCAGAAAAGCUCCUUCUGCUACCUUUUCGCUCCUUCCUUCCACCCGGCCAUGGGCAAGGUGGCGCCUAUUCGUGCCCAGAUGGGCAUCCCCACGAUAUUCAACAUUUUGGGUCCGCUCAUGAACCCGAUCCCGCUUCGAGCCAGGAUUUUGGGUGUUUACUCUGAGAAACUCGGUGAGCUGUACGCCUUGGCGGCUGCUAAACUCGCCCAAAAGACCCCCUCGCAUGAAAGAACCAUGGUGGUCUGGGGAGAAGUCGGUCUUGACGAAAUCAGCCCUACGGGACUCACCAAGUGCUGGAUUAUUGAUGAAAACGGCAACAUCACAAGAACAGUCAUUUCGCCCAAAAACUUCAAGCUCCCGGAGCACCCCUUGCUGGCUGUCCGCAGCGGAACUCCCCAGGAAAACGCAGACAUUCUUUUACACAUCUUGAGGCAGGAUACGCCCGAGUACACCUGCAAAACCAUAAACCACCCGUUGGUGGACUACAUUUUGAUGAACGCGGCUGCCGUCGCCGUGGUUGCAGGACUCACAGACUCCUGGGAGGAAGGUGUCAAGUUGGCUGUGGACAGUUUGGUUCUGGGUAAGGCUGCACGUGCUUUGGAGGACUUCAAGGCUGCUCUUGGCGAGGUGCAGCAGUGA